UUGGUUCUCUUUCCCUCAUUCAUCGUUCAACGAUGGGGGAGAUGGUUGGGAGCCAAUCUCAAUCCUCAUUCAAGAUUAUCUUGGGGUCCUCGUCAAUUGCCCGCAAGAAAAUUUUAGCUGAAAUGGGAUACAAAUUUGAAGUCAUGACUGCAGAUAUAGAUGAGAAAAGUAUUAGAAGGGAAAUCCCUGAAGAACUGGUUACGGUUCUUGCCGAAGCUAAGGCCGAUGCCAUUAUUUCCAGGCUGAACACCAAAGAUUACAAAGAAAAGGAUGUCGAAACAACACUUCUUAUCACUUCUGAUAUAGUUGCGGUCUAUGAGGGAACUAUUAGAGAAAAGCCAACCAGUGAGGAAGAAGCUCGGCAAUUCCUAAGGAGUUAUUCUCAGGGGCAUGUAUCAACUGUGGGAUCAGUGCUUGUCACCAAUCUUAAGACCGGCAUUAAACACGGUGGAAUUGAUAAAGCAGAGGUUUAUUUUCAUGACAUACCGGACGAGAUAAUCCAGAACCUGAUCGAUGAACGAGUUGUAUUCAAUGUUGCCGGUGGCUUGCUUCUAGAGCAUCCAUUGAUACUGCCAUUCGUAGACACUUUGAUUGGAGCCUCGGAUAGUGUGAUGGGACUGCCGAAGGCUCUCACGGAGAAGCUCAUACAAGAGGCUCUUUCAUAUAAUGCCGAUUAGUUUGAGAUGUAAUUUUGAAUGUGAUCAUAUUCUUUUGAGAGUGAAAUUUUCACUCUUAUACUUGUUUGAAUGAAAUUCUCAGUUGGACAAACAACUAACACUGAUUAAUAUAUCCUUAAAUCAAACUUUUCUUUA